AUCUCGUAAUUUGAUCUUCAGCAAAUCUACAGGCCCAAUAAAACUGGCGGCCCGUAGUUGUUCGUUCAUCUUCCACGCACAGUGCGACUGCCAUAAGCUCUGAUUCAGUCCUAAUCCUAAUCGCAAGCAAGUAAACUCAAUUCAAUCCAACAUCAAUGGAGGAAUACCCGGAGGAGCUGCGUACGCCGCCGGUAGCUCUGACGUGUCUGGUGGGCUGCCCGGAGAUCCAUCCCCUGAUUACGGCGCACCUCCACUCGCAGCAGCCCCCAAUCAACGCCAUCGCAUUGCCCGAUUUCUCCAAGAUCUCCGUGAUCCCCCCGAAGAAGCCCCCCAGAGAGACUUCGGAGCCCCCUUCCGGCAUUAUAAAGAGAGAUUGGCUCUCCAAGCACCGCACUAGGAUCCCCGCCGUCGUCGCUGCGAUUUUUUGCUCGCGCGAUGUCUCCGGCGAUCCCGCUCAGUGGCUCCAAGUCUGCACCGACCUAGAGAACCUCAAGGCGUCGAUGCGCGGGCGGAACAUCAAAUUGGUUGUGCUGGUUGUCACUCAGUGGGAUAAUAAAGAUGACACAAGUGAAGAGCGCAUACUUGCCUUAAGAAAACGUGCAGAAGUAGAUUCGAAAAAUCUCAUUAGUUUUGUACUAGAUCACGAAGAGGAGCUUCAACAAUCUCUUAACAGGCUGUGGACUGUGUUUGGAGAACUGGCAAACACAUAUUAUAGGGACGAAGGUCGAAGAGUAAGAUCGCGGCUCGAAAAGAAAAGUUACACCUCGAUGGAGCUACAUGUUCGGUACUGUUUCAAGGUUGCUAUAUAUGCAGAAUUUAGAAGAGACUGGCUCGAAGCUCUCAAGUUAUAUGAGGAUGCAUAUCAUGCAUUACGAGAGAUGGUUGGAACAUCAACUAGAAUGCCCCCAAUCCAACGCCUGGUUGAGAUCAAGGCGGUUGCUGAACAACUGCAUUUUAAAAUGUCAACGUUAUUGCUGCAUGGCGGAAAAGUUCUUGAAGCAAUUUUGUGGUUUCGUCAGCACACUGCUAACUAUAGGAAACUUGUUGGAUCUCCAGAAGUUAUAUUUCUUCACUGGGAAUGGUUAAGCAGACAGUAUAUGGUAUUUGCUCAACUAUUGGAGACAAGCUCACCCAAUGCUCUGAAUGUCCCGAGUACGGCCUCUGUUCUGGAAGAAAAACCAACUGAAUGGGAAUUUCAUCCAGCUUACUACUAUCAGUUGGCAGCUAAUUACCUGAAGGAAAAGAAUACAUGUCUGGAAUUUGCACUAUCUAUGUCUAUAGAUGUUGGUCCAAUUGAUGGCAGUGCAGAGUCUGUGGUGGCUUCUGCUUAUCUUGGUCAGUAUUCCAGGUUGCUUGAGCAUGAAGAUGCUUUCAUAAUGCAGCCUCUGACGGAUGAUGAAUAUGCCCGUUACGCACUGGCAGAAGGGAAAAGAUUCCAGGAUUCCUUUGAAAUUAUUGCCCUUCUAAAGAAAUCGUUUGAAGCAUACAGUAACUCAAAAGCUGAGAGAACAGCUGCCUAUUGUGGACUGCAGAUGGCUAGAGAAUACUUUUCACUAAGUGACUUCAGUAAUGCCAAGCAAAUCUUUGACAGUGUAGCAAAUCUUUACCGACGAGAAGGCUGGUUAUUGUCAUUGUGGGAGGUCUUGGGGUACUUACGAGAGUGCUCAAAGGGUAUGAGUUCAGCCAAAGACUUCAUAGAAUAUUCACUUGAACUGGCUUCUCUGCCUGAAACAACUGGUGCUUUAGAGUCAUUCUCUAAAGACUAUGGUCCAGCAGGGCCUGCGACUCUUUCACAGAAAGAAAAGAUACACAAGGAAGCAUUUGAGGUUGCCAGAGGGGAGUCCGAACUUAAUUCCGACGAACAGAACGGUGCCUUUAAAGUAAAAAGUGAUUAUCCUCUUUAUCUUGAGAUUGAUCUUGUUAGUCCACUAAGGGUGACACUCCUAGCUUUAGUUGCCUUUCAUCAGCCAAUGGUUAAGCCAGGUGCUCCAUCUCUCAUCACUAUAUCACUUCGGUCCCAAUUGCCGAUAAAUGUUGAGAUCGAUCAGUUGGAGGUGCAAUUCAAUCAAUCGGAGUGUAAUUUUAUUAUUACAAAUGGUCAGAAGCCCCAGCCUGGUCGCAGGGUUGAGACCGCUCCUGAUCUGGUACUUGCUACGAACAAAUGGCUACGACUGACCUAUGAGAUAAAAUCUGAGCUGAGUGGAAAGCUUGAAUGCAUAUAUGUAAUUGCUAGAAUUGGACCAAACUUCACAAUAUGCUGCAGAGCUGAAAGUCCUGCCUCCAUGAAUGAUUCACCACUUUGGAAAUUUGAGAACCUACUAGAAACUAUUCCCAUCAAAGAUCCAGGUCUGGCAUUAUCUGGACAGAAGGCUAUACAAGUUGAAGAACCAGACCCACAAGUGGAUUUGAUUUUAGGUUCGUCUGGCCCUGCAUUUGUUGGAGAAAACUUUAUUUUACCUGUGACGGUUGCCUCCAAAGGACACGCAGUGCAUUCAGGUGAAUUAAAAAUUAAUCUGGUUGAUACAAGAGGUGGUGGUCUGCUUAGUCCAAGGGAAGAAGAACCGUUCUCAUCUGACAAUCUCCAUGUUGAGCUUGUUGAUAUGUCGUGUGAUGCACCUGAAGAUCAGUCUGAAGCUCCUUCCGACAAAAUCCAGAAAAUUCAGCCAUCAUUUGGAUUGAUUUCUGUGCCAUCCUUAGAUGUGGGGGAAUCAUGGUCGUGCAAACUGAAAAUUAAGUGGAAUCGACCUAAGCCUAUUAUGCUUUAUGUCUCAUUGGGCUACUUCCCUCAGAGUGAUGAACCUAGUUUGCAGAAAGUGCAUGUCCAUAAAAGUUUGCAGAUUGAAGGCAAAACUGCUGUUACAAUCAACCAUCGGUAUUUGCUUCCUUUUAGGCAGGAUCCUCUUUUGCUAUCGAAGCUGGAGUCUGUUUCGGAAACUGAUCAAACACCCUCACUUGCUUUAAAUGAAAAAACAAUGCUUAUAAUCAGUAUUAAGAAUUGCUCAGAGGUUCCCCUGAGAUUGCUAUCUAUGACCAUUGAGACGGAAGAGAAAAGCGAUGCUUGCACUAUACGACCUCAGCAGGAAGAGUUCAGGGAAGCCGUUGUUAAUAUGCCAGGGGAAGAGUUCAAGAAGGUUUUCACCAUCUUCCCUAAAGUGAAUUCCAGUAAGCUGAAGAUCGGUACUGUGAGUCUGAGAUGGGAAAGGGACCAACGUCAUUCUUAUACCACAGCAUCUCAAGUUACGAAACAUAGACUUCCCGACGUGAAUGUGGAGCUACCUCUGCUAGUUGUGAGUUCAGAAUGCCCACCUCAUGCCUUUCUUGGAAACCCUUUUCUGUAUUGUGUCAAGAUUCUCAAUCAGACGGAGACGCUUCAAGAGAUCAAAUGCUCCAUAUCCGACUCACAGAGCUUCGUUCUAUCCGGGCCCCACAGUGAUACAAUGCUUGUCCUGCCGAGGUCAGCCCAGAUUCUUACGUACAUGCUUGUUCCCUUGGGGUUAGGGUCGCUGCAGCUUCCUAAAGUGAGUGUGACCGCAGUCAGAUAUUCUGCUGGUUUACAGCCAUCCACUGCCUCAUCGCUUGUCUUUGUCUACCCAGCCAAGCCCCAUCUCGAUCCCAAGGCAGGUGAUGCUUGAACGAAGGCCCUAUCAUCUUCGCCACUGCUGUCUUUGUCUACUCAUGCCCUGAAAUCUCACUCUUCAUAUUCAACUCACAAGCCAUCUUCUUGUUCAGUUAACAUAUCGUUUGCUCUUGUAAGCAUUAUUGUCGUGUAUUCAACUCAGAUGGGACUAGAAGUUCAUAUUGUUCAAAGAUAAUGUAUACGCAGGCCACAAUUUGAUCAAUUUUUUGGUAUUUCA